UAAUUUGAACAUGGACUGGGGUCUCGCAUCACAACUGUUAUUUGCCAUCAUUGCAGUAGUUGGCAAUUCACUCGUUGUCUUCAUAGUCUGCUCAAACCGACAAAUGCGGCAGGAACACUCGCCGUAUUGGCUGAUUCUGUCGUUAUCUGUCGCCGAUUUCCUAGUCGGAGCAUUCAACAUACUGAACACAACGGUAUGUUCUGUCCACCCUCUCAUCUGCGCAUCGUGGAGGAAUAGAGCCGUGUUUACUGUCAUCAAAGAGACGUCCUUCUCGGCGUCAACAACUACCCUCUGCUUAUUGACACUUGAUCGCUAUCUAGCGGUGGUCCACCCAUAUUUCUACAAGAGAUUCAUGCACAAUACACGGUGUCUUCUCCUGAUCAUGGGAUCUUGGUGUCUUGGACUAGCGAUGAUCGUUCCUAGAAAUCUCUACAGGCUUAGGGUAAUAGAGCGAGGUAAAUCCGAAGCGGAAAUUUGUUUCAUGCUGAUCUUUUCCUUUCUAAUCCUGUUCAUGAUCUAUGCGUAUACAAGAAUCUUAAUCGUGAUAAGGCGACACAGGAAAGUUAUCAACGUCCAGAGCCAGAUCGCGAAUCAAAUCACAAGCCAAGUUACCAACCAAAGACCAAACGAUGAAGAGAGCAACACGACGGAUACAAAAACAAGAGAUACGCUUAAAGCUCGGCAUGCUGGUUUGGUUUCCGUAGCAAUUGUAGUUGGCAUAUUCCUAACCAGUAAUGUAGUGGACAUAAGUUAUUUUAUUUGCAAACAAGCAAGCUCUUGUCACCCUUCACAUACCUUCCAGGACAUUACGGAUAUCAUACGAUACGGAAACUCUGCGGCAAACUUUUUCGCGUACGCAUUGGUGAAAGGCGGUUUUAAAGAACGGCUUAAAACCUUGUUACUUUGUAAAAGAUCAUAAUUUAUACAGAGUUCCAAAGAAGUUUUGUCUAUAAAAAAAUGUAUUUUUUUAACCAAUUUAAGAAGAGA